AUGCCAGACACGUACAUGGAAUCGGCUGACUCGCAUGGUAGUCACGGUAACGCCUUUGACCCUGAUGACCUCGACAUUGACGGCGUCCAUCGACCUCACUUGGCUACUACGGAAGCCAUCAUGGGAGAAGUAUUUGCUGCGCAGCGGAUUCGCAUGUCUGCGAUCGCCGAUCUAAAAUAG